AUGACUAGAGGUAGAGGUCGAGGUCGAGGAAGCACAGGGCAUAUAGGAAAGUCUGCAGUUAGGAGUAAUCCUGUUGUUACUACAAACAUAUCUACUAUUCCCACUCCUACUACUGUUAGUCCUGAAGUGGGUAGCAUAGGUGGUCAAGAUGAUACAAAUCAAGUUCGGCCAUUGAUUCAUCACAGUACACCAAUGGUUCAAACUUCUGGCAAUAGUAGUAACCCUACAACACCUGAAUCAUCUCCCACUGCUCCAAAUCAAAUCAAUGCAACAGCUGAAGCUAUGACUCGAGGUAGAGGUAGAGGUCGAGGAAGCACAGGGUGUGUAGGAAAGUCUGCACUUAGGAGUAUUGCUAUGAUUACUAUAAAAAUGCCUACUAUUGCCACUGCUACUACUGUUAGUCCUCAAGAAGGUGGCAUAGGUGGUCAAGAUGAAACAAAUCAAGUUCAGUCAUUGAUUUCUUGCUAUACACUAGUGGUUCAAACUUCUGAUCAUGGUAGUAACCCUACAACACCUGAAUCAUCUCCCACUGCUCCAAAUCAGAGCAACCCAACAACUGAAGUAAAGAAACAUUGGAUGACUAAGGCAGCAACUGUGUAUAGAAAUUUCAUUGCUAAAAUCAAAGAGAAAGGGAUUAGGCAAGAUUUUAUAGAUGAAGAUGUUUGGGAAAGUUGGCAGCGACUUUGGGUAGAUUCUAAGUGUAUUGAAAAGUCAAAAACAAAUGUGAAGAAUCAUCGUGGCAGCAAAGAAGUCGCAGCUGGAACUCAGAUAGGCAGAUCUAUCUCCAUUUAA